CCCAUUUCAAAAAGACAAAAACUUAAUCCCAAAUAUCCUUUCUCCAACAUCAAAAAUUCAAAACCAUAUUCAUAUUGGAAAAGGAGAAAAGGAUGACGGGAGACAUGCAAAACCAGUCUUACCUCCUAUUGAGUAUUUGAUUACAAUAUAUCUAUUCUAAAUUCAUUAAAUACUUGUCCCUUCUUCGCUUUAAAAAUAUUAGGUUCAAUAAAAUUCAUUGCUAAAGGCCAGAACAGCUUAUGUGCCUUACAGUUAGCUGCAGAGGGUAUUCUUGAAUAUUACUACUCCUAUUAUUUUAGUAAUAAUAAUAUAUUCAAUCGUGCCUAUCCAUACUUCCUUAGCUGAUACAUUCAUACGUCAGUUUUAACCAUAGAGAACCAUAUCGUUAUCUGAUCCAAACUUCUGACUUUUUCUAUUUUCCGAAUCCCUAUGUUUCUACUAAUAUCCAUCUCUGCCAUUGCAGUGAUAUAUUAAUUUUAGUGUUUGUUUUCACCUUCUUGAUUUAUUGUCCCCUCUCUGUUUUCCAUAUAUUGAAGGAAAAAACAUUAACUUUAUGAAAAUUUGUUGUUUUGCUGGUUGAUUCCUACAACCCCUUUUGACAUUGAUUUUGUGGGAUCCAAAAAAAUUGAAUCUUGAUGUAAAAAUUUGAUCUUUCUAUUUCUUUUUACAUGGAAAUUUGAUUUCUGGGGGUAUUAAGGAUUCUUUUGUCGGUUGAUUUGGUGCUUUUUUGCCAAGUUCUUGUCGGUCUCUGAGCUGAUUUUUCAUAAUUUCACAAAAAGAGAAAGGCUAAAACAGAAAGGUUUGGAGUUUCUUUCUUUGACUUUCAGAAAUUGAGGUAUUUUCUUUGAUCUAAUUCUUGUUAAUAUCUGGUUCAAUCUGAUUCCCUUGAAUCCUGUGAAUAAACUUUGUUUCCCUAUUGUCACAAAAUUAUAUCCUUUUCACUUUCCUUGACUCUCAGAAGUUAGUACAAUCUUUGUUCUGCUAAAUCUUGUGAAUAACCUUUAGCUUAGAGUUUUAGGUAUGUGUAUAUUGGGUUCUCUUAACAUUUAGCCGAGAAACCUUCUCUAGGAUUAGUCCCCCUUUUCAUUGAGAUGGAUAUAAGUAAUGAGGCUACUAUUGACUUCUUUUCAAUUGGACCUACUACGAUAUUGGGUCGAACAAUCGCCUUUAGAGUGUUGUUCUGCAAAUCAAUUUCACAGUUGAGGCAUCACCUGUUUCAUUUCUUGAUAUAUUACUUGUACAAGUUCAAGAAUGGUUUGUCAUACUACUUGACACCCUUAAUUUCGUGGUUGCACCCUCGUAAUCCACAAGGGAUAUUGGCAUUGGUGACGCUUCUCGCCUUCUUGUUGAGGCGAUACACGAAUGUAAAAAUCAAGGCUGAGAUGGCCUAUAGGAGGAAGUUUUGGAGGAAUAUGAUGAGAUCUGCAUUGACUUAUGAGGAGUGGGCUCAUGCUGCCAAGAUGCUAGAUAAAGAGACCCCUAAAAUGAAUGAGGCAGAUCUUUAUGAUGUAGAAUUAGUUCGAAAUAAACUCCAAGAGCUUCGACAUCGUAGGCAAGAGGGUUCUCUGAGGGAUAUCAUAUUCUGUAUGAGAGCUGACCUUGUUAGGAAUCUUGGUAAUAUGUGCAAUCCAGAACUUCACAAGGGAAGGCUUCAUGUGCCUAGACUGAUUAAGGAUUAUAUUGAUGAGGUUUCAACUCAGUUGAGAAUGGUAUGCGACUCUGAUUCGGAGGAGCUUCUCUUGGAAGAGAAACUUGCUUUCAUGCAUGAAACAAGACAUGCCUUUGGUAGGACAGCUUUGCUUUUAAGUGGAGGUGCUUCUUUAGGAGCUUUCCAUGUGGGCGUGGUGAAAACACUUGUAGAACACAAGCUGAUGCCACGGAUAAUUGCUGGUUCAAGUGUCGGCUCGAUUAUGUGCUCCAUAGUUGCAACUCGAUCUUGGCCUGAGCUCCAGAGUUUUUUCGAGGACUCCUGGCACUCUUUGCAAUUUUUCGAUCAGUUGGGUGGGAUUUUUACUAUUUUCAAGAGGGUCAUGACCCAGGGUGCUGUACAUGAAAUCAGACAGCUGCAGGUGCUGUUACGUAAUCUCACGAAUAAUCUUACUUUCCAAGAAGCCUAUGACAUGACUGGUAGAGUUCUGGGGAUUACUGUUUGCUCGCCUAGGAAACAUGAACCUCCUAGAUGCUUGAACUACUUGACUUCACCUCAUGUUGUUAUAUGGAGUGCUGUUACCGCUUCUUGUGCCUUUCCUGGUCUCUUCGAAGCUCAAGAACUUAUGGCAAAGGAUAGAAGUGGAGAUCUUGUUCCAUAUCACCCACCAUUUCAUUUGGGUCCUGAUGCCACUUCUAGUGCAUCUUCUCGUCGUUGGAGGGAUGGUAGCUUGGAGGUUGAUUUGCCAAUGAUGCAGCUAAAGGAGCUCUUCAAUGUCAAUCACUUCAUUGUGAGCCAGGCGAAUCCGCACAUCGCUCCACUGCUGAGGAUCAAAGAGUUUGUAAGAGCUUAUGGAGGCAACUUUGCUGCCAAGCUUGCUCAACUUACGGAAAUGGAGGUGAAGCAUAGAUGCAAUCAGGUAUUAGAACUUGGUUUUCCCUUGGGAGGAUUGGCAAAGCUUUUUGCUCAAGAAUGGGAGGGUGACGUAACAGUUGUAAUGCCUGCCACUCUAGCUCAGUACUCAAAAAUCAUACAGAAUCCCUCUACUCUGGAGCUGCAAAAGGCAGCAAAUCAAGGAAGAAGGUGCACUUGGGAAAAACUCUCAGCCAUGAAAGCAAACUGUGGAAUUGAGCUUGCACUUGAUGAAUGUGUUGCUAUACUGAACCACAUGCGUAGACUGAAAAGGAGUGCUGAGAGAGCGGCUGCUGCUUCACAUGGCUUGGCAAGCACUGUCAGAUUUAACGCUUCCAGAAGAAUUCCUUCUUGGAACUGCAUUGCACGAGAGAAUUCAACAGGCUCCCUUGAAGAUUUUCUUGCGGAUGUUGCUGCUUCACAUCAUCAAGGAGGCAGUGGUUCGGGGGCGCAUGUUAACCGUAAUUGGCGAACACACCGGAAUGCACAUGAUGGUAGUGACAGUGAGCCGGAAAAUGUGGACCUUAAUUCUUGGACAAGAUCGGGUGGUCCUUUGAUGAGGACAACAUCAGCUGAUAAGUUUAUUGACUUUGUCCAGAACUUGGAAAUUGGUUCGCGAUUGAACAAAGGAUUGACUAUUGACCUCAACAAUAUUGUUCCUCAGAUGGCAGGCAGGGACCAUUUCUCCCCGAGCCCAAGGGUAACAACACCUGAUAGAAGUUCAGAUACAGAAUUUGAUCAAAGAGAUUUUAGUUAUAAGGUCCCUGCGAGUAGUUCAAGCAUUAUGGUAGGUGAAGGUGACCUUCUGCAGCCUGAAAGGACUAACAGCGGUAUUGUCUUCAAUGUGGUAAGGAAAGGAGACUUGACCCCAUCGAACAGAAGCCUUGAUUCAGAAAAUAAUAGUUCCGUGCAGGACGCAGUUGCUGAGUGCGUGCAACUUGAAAGUCCAGAAAAGGAGAUGGAUAUUAGCUCAGUAUCCGAGGAUGGUGAGAAUGAUGUUGGGCAAGGAAGUAGGGUCAAUGAAGUUGAUUGUAGUGAAAAUCGUUCAUCAAUCGGUGAUGGCAACGAUAAGCAAGUUAUUGAUACUUGAGAGUUUAGCUUUGAUUAUUCUACACAGGCCAUUCAAAUUCUUUUUUAUACUCAAUGGAGCUUCUUUCAGAGCUAACACACUCAGAAUUGGGGUUGUAAGUAGUGCAAGUAGCAAAUCUGUAAUAAUUGUUUAGUGUAAGUCAUCACCCUUCUGCUAGUUCAAAGUGGCUCAGUUCAAUUCUAAUUCAGAACUUCGAUAAUUCAUGUUAUUUUUGCCUCCUUC